AUGGGAAAUAACCCUUCUAAAGAUGUCGAUCCCCUACCGAGAAGCUCAACUUCAACUUCAAACAAAUCAACUGGUUCUAGUACCGACUUAUUAGAACCAGAAGAGAAACCUUCUCCUGCGCUAUCGCAAUCUACCACCUCCACUACCACCACCACCUUACGAGUUAUGAAUAAUGAGUCUAUUAGUACUACGAAAACUAUUUAUACUUCCACUUCUCCUGCUAUUGAUAUUGGAAGUAAGAAGAAUAUUUACAAGUAUAAUCAAAGAGUUGUUAAUAAUAAUACUACUACGCCUGCUCCUGCUACUGCUGCUGGUGCUGCUGCUGUUUCUAGAAAGACUAAGAAAUCACAUUCCAGUGAUGAGUAUGAUGUUGAUUUAACUAUUGCUAUUUCUAUGGCUAAAUUAUUGAAGAAUCCAACUGCGCCACCAUCAUCUACUACUCUUGUUGGUGCUGCAGUUGCAAAUCAAGAUGCUGGCUAUGGUUCUUCUUUAGAUAGUCAAUCUACCCAGUCACCAGUUUUCACCACCUUAGGCACCAAAGAUGAACAAGAUCUGUUAUCUUCAGUUAAUUCCAAUGGUUCAAAUAUUUCUAAUAAAUUUUAUUAUAACAAGGAAGAAAUUGUUAAUAAAGUUAAUGUUUCAGUUAAUAAAUUAGAUGUUAUUGCUGAAAUUGAUAAUAAACCAAAGUUAUUAUCUAAAGAAAAUUUAAAGAAACAUAAUAAACUGUUUACCACAACUGCUUCAAGACAAUUAACUAAGAAUUUAUCAGUUAGUUCUUCAAGUUUAUCAAAUUCUCCUCCAAUUAUCCCAACUACCAAGAAAGAUAAUCUUGUUGAUCUUGAUAAUAUUAUUGAUAGAUUAGUUGAAAUUGGAAUUAAUAAGAAAAAUCAACAUAAGAAAAAGGAUAAAUUACCAUUAUCAGAACAAGAAAUUAAAUAUAUUUUGGGUAAAAGUAGAUCAAUCUUUUUAGAUCAACCAAGUUUAUUAAGAUUAUCACCUCCAGUUAAAAUUGUCGGAGAUAUUCAUGGACAAUUUCAUGAUUUAAUUCGUAUUUUUAAUUGUUGUGGAUAUCCUCCCUAUACUAAUUAUUUAUUUCUUGGAGAUUAUGUUGAUCGUGGUUAUAAAUCAUUGGAAACAAUUUUAUUAUUAUUAUGUUAUAAAAUAAAAUAUCCCGAGAAUUUCUUUAUGUUACGUGGAAAUCAUGAAUCAGCAAAUAUAACUAAAAUUUAUGGAUUUUAUGAUGAAUGUAAACGAAGAUUAAUAAAUCGAAAACUUUGGAAAAAUUUCAUUGAUGUUUUUAAUGCCCUUCCAAUUGCUGCCACUAUUAAUGAUAAAAUCUUUUGUGUUCAUGGGGGGCUUUCACCUCAAUUAAAUCAAUUAUCUCAAAUCGAAUCAAUCAAACGUCCAACUGAUGUUCCUGAUGCCGGUUUAUUAACUGAUUUACUUUGGUCAGACCCUGAUCCCCUGGUUAAAUCAUUCUCCAGCUCGAAUUGGCCCCCGAAUGAUCGUGGAGUCCUGUAUUGUUUUGGAAGAAAACAUGUUGAUCAUUUUUGUAAUACAUUUAAAUGGGAUUUAAUUGUUAGAGGUCAUAUGGUUGUUGAAGAUGGUUAUGAAUUUUUUAAUAAACGAAAAUUGGUUACAUUAUUUAGUGCCCCUAAUUAUUGUGGAGAAUUUAAUAAUUUUGGAGCAAUUAUGAAUGUUGAUCAUAAUUUAUAUUGUUCUUUUGAAUUGAUUAAGCCGAUGAAAUAA